CGGGGCGGCCCCGCUCGGGCCCCGGGGCGGGCGCCUGUCCGGCGGGGCCGCGCUGAGCCGGGGCCCGGGGUAGCCGCAGCCCCCGCCGAGGCUCGGCCAGGCCGCGGGGUGCCGGGCGGGCGAGCCCCCGGCCGUGUGGCACGCUCCAGAUGUGCCACAUCCACGGGCUGCCCCAUCGCUCCCCCUGAGAGGCACCUGUGUCUGACAGGUUCAGGCUCCGCUGCCUCCCGCAACGUGCCAGGAUGCUGCUGGGCCCAGGGAUGCACGACUGCGCCGGACGCCUGCUCCCUCAGCCAAAAAGCAGGAGUUCAGGUAGCUUGUGCCCAGGGCCCUGUGCCAUCAGUGCCAGCACCAGGAGCAGCCGUGUGCGGGGGUGACCAUUAACUGUGCGGCCUCCAUCCCGCUCCCAGGCAUUUGCUCCGUGGUUCAAGUGCCACCUGCACGCUGCUCCCUGGAUGAGCAGGAUGGCGUCCCGGGCGUGCACAGCCCCGGCGUGGCAGAGGCGGGCUCGGCGUGGGCAGCCCUCGUGCAGCGCUGUGCCACACAGUCAUCAGCCCAGUUUCAUCCUCCAUUUCAUCCGGGGGGCUGGCUCCCCUCCAGAGCAGCUGCCAAGUUCUUCUGCCUGUGCUCAUCAUGACCAGCCUUGUCCUCAUGGAUGCCUACCUGGUGGAGCAGAGCCAGGGCUCCAGGAAGCUGGGCAUCUGUGUCAUGGUGGCAGUGGGUGAUGUAUGCUUCCUGCUGGUCCUCCGCUACGUGGCUAUCUGGGUCGGGGCAGAGGUAAAGACAGCUAAGCGAGGAUAUGCCAUGAUCCUCUGGUUCCUCUACGUCUUCGUUCUGGAGAUCAAAGUCUACUUUGUAUACCAGAAUUAUAAAGCUGACCGGAAAAGCUUGGAUCUCAUAGCCCGCAAAGCGUUGACCUUGCUGCUCUCCAUCUGCAUCCCAGCUCUCUACGUGUUGUUGGUGGCCACAGAGCACAUGGAGUAUGUCAGAACAUUCAAGAAGAAGGAAGAUCUCCGCAACCGCCUUUUCUGGGUCAUUGUGGACAUGCUGGACGUGCUGGACAUCCAGGCCAACCUGUGGGAGCCUCAGAAGAAAGGGCUGCCGCUCUGGGCUGAGGGCAUCAUGUUCUUCUACUGCUACAUCUUGCUCCUGGUCCUGCCCUGCGUGUCCCUGUGCGAGAUCAGCAUGCAGGGGAUCGGCAUCGUGCCGCACCGGAUGAUGCUCUACCCCAUGCUGAGCAUGCUCACCGUCAACAUCGCCACCAUCUUCAUCCGAGGCAGCAACAUGGUCUUCUUCAGGGAUGCCCGGGUCUCCAGCAUCUUCAUGGGCAAGAACAUGCUGGCCAUUGGCAUGAAGGUCUGUAUGUUUGUGCAGUACCAGCGGCACCAGCACCACGCCCCGCCGGGGCCGGACCCGCAGCACAGCACCCCAGCCCAGCUGCCCACGGGGCUGCGCAAGGCCCGGGACCAGCCUGCCUGCCCCGAGGAGCUGGCCCAGGACAACACGUGACGAGCCAGCAGGAGCUACAGCCUGGGCAUCCCCACGCCUGGCCGUACCUACGAACCCAGGGCAGGCUGCGGAGCUCCCUGCCUGGACAGAGGGACACGACCCUGCUCCCUCCUUCCCUGGGCGAAACUGCUCAGGAGCCCGAGGGGCGCAUGGCGAGGGCCCCCACAGCAGCCUCUGUAAGGCUGCAGAGCAGUUUGGAACCUCAGCACCCCACCUGGUAAAACAGAGAGCAGGGGACGAGGCCAGGGCUGCCCGCCAUGGGGUGUGUCUGGGUGAGGCCAGGCAGCCCUACCCAGUGCCAGGCUCCCUACCAGUGCUCCCCGGGCAGCACUGCUCUCUGGCCAGCCAGGCUGCUACCCGGGGACACAGCGGGUCACCCACUUUUCUGUUGUGGUUGGCCCUGGCUCCAGUGUGGUCCUUGGCAGCAGCCUGCUCCCCACUGUGUGAGCUGAGGUCCCCAUGCAGGGGGAGCAAGGCCUGGGCCUCCCCCUGUUGUCACCCCUCUCAGCCAGCUGCAGGCUUGGGGGGACCCAAAAAGGGGUGACUGUCCUUUUUUUGUAUCUCCCUCUUUGCAAUAAAAUACCUGAGCCCUGCAGCCUUUUCAUGUCUGUGUCCCUGCCAGCAGGCAGAUCUCCCCCACUCUUCUGGGGGCCUCGGGUGACUGGGUGUCUGUUCAGCUGCAGAGCGUGUGGGAAGGCUCACUCAGUGACCACCUGGGGCUGGGGACAGCAUCCCAGGCCACUGGGUCUGGAGCCAUUCCUCCUGGCCCACAGGUCCUUUGAGCUCCAAGGGUGUCACUGACAGGGUGUGUGGCAGUGUUGUCAGCCACAUCAACUGACACCAGUCAUGCUCAGGGAAACCCACGGCAAGUCCUCACACUCCAGCUGGAGGGACACCAGUGCACGUCUGCCCAAAUUGCCUUGAAAACAAGGAAAAUAAGCCAACUGCUUGAGGCUGGGAGGCUACUGGAAAGAGCAGCUCCCCAGCAGUAGGAAACUCUCUGGAGAUGUCGGAAGCAUCUGCUUCCCUUGGAGCUGGUGCUGUGAUGCUGCCUCCUGCCCAAUCCCCUGAGUGGCACCUCAGCCCUGGCUGAGCUGGGAAAUGCCCCAGGGCUUCCCCUGCGGAGGCUGCUGGGCCAGGAGCUGGCAGGCACACGGGCCACAGGCUCACUGCUCACCACCGCCGUGCUGAGCAGAAGCAGGUGACAUCCCAGCGAGGAUGUCCUCCUUGCAGGCAGGCACAAGGCUGCCGCAGGAAGACUUCUAGUUCCAGAGGGGCAGGAGGGAAAAGCAGGACUUUAGGGAUGCACCAGCCUUGCACUUGCUGCACCAGACCUACAAGCAGCAGGGGAUGGGGACACAGGGAGUCAGGAAUGCUGAGGAGUGACCCCUCAGCAAGGCCCUGGCAGCAGGUCUCCAGCCAAGCUGGCACAUCCCAUGUCUACUGCCUUCCCCCGGCUCCACCAAGUCUUCUCACCAGAGCAGGACUUGCAUCACCCACAGGAACUACAGUGGAGGUAAGUGGUUCAGCAACACCCUCAGCUGGCUGCCCUGCUCCUUGCUCCAUGUUUUGCUCCCAGCAAGGCUGUCCCCAGGCCCCACACAGCACAGCUGUGCCCAGGCACUCUCCCAGCACACUCUGACCUGUCGCACUGGGGUUACCUGGGCCACCCCCUUGUCAGCACAGCCAUGGCAGACAGGGGAAAGAAGGAACAAGGAGAAGGAAGGGGGCUGGUGGGAUAUUGGAGAGAGGCACUGGCUCCCCUAAGGUCAAACACUUUUGACUGUAACAAACUGACAGUGGGAAUAAAGAAAAACAGGUACUUUAUUCCACACAGGAUCAGUUUCCUAGAAGCACUAAUAACCAUGUGGAGAUGACCCUGAGAAACAAAGGUGCUCGGAAGGAGAGGUCCCAAGCAGCAAUAGCUGAGCAGUCACAGCAUGCCUUGUGCAUGAGGAAGGCCAGUCAUACCUAGAUUGCAUCACCAGGAGCAGCCCACAUGGAGUGAUCCUCUCACCUUUACUCAUCUCUUGUGAGACUACUUCCAGACACCGAUCCAUGCUGGGCCACCAAAACACAGCUGUUGGUUGGCUGGGCUGACUCCAGCUGAGUAUGUGAAAGGUGGCAGAGGCUGGAGCACUGCUAGGAAAGGCUGAGGAAACAGGAUUCAUUCACCCUUGGAAGAAAAGACUUUGGGGAGACCUCAGAGAACCCACCCCUCAGACCUGUGACAGAGCUGCUGAGGAGACAGAGUCAGGCACUUCACUGAGAACAAGACAAUGAUUGUGGACUAACACCGGGCAGGUUUCCUGGACGAGGGAACAAAAAGUUCCAUCUUGAGAACCUGAAGCAGUCAAGCAGAGGCCAAGAGAGGUGAAGGCAUCUGUCCUUGGACAUUACCAGAUCCCACCAAAGCAGCUCUGGGCAACCUGAUGUGAAGUCAGGGUUGCUGCUCUGAGCAGGGAUUGUCCCACAUCCUUUUCUGCCUCAGUGGAGGUCUGAAAGAACCUGGAGUAGAGCCAGCAGUGUAGGGCAGGACUCACACUUUCCUUGCUGGAGUUAGAAAUGAGCAGGUGCAAGGGCAAAGACAGCUGUCAUCACCAUCAGCAUCUGCACGACACACUUGUCACCACCCAGGCAUGAUCUAAACCACAAGCAAAGCAGAUACUUCAGCUACAAAAAAAA